GGAAGACCCGGAGAAAUCGAGUUAGCCCAAGGAACGGGCCCCCCACAAGCCCUGCUGCGCAUGCUCGCUCCGUGACCCCAGCUUGAGGUGACUGCCCGAACCCAGGCGGGGGCCCCAGGCACGGAGGUUGAGGGACCUGCCGCGGCUCGGUCUCCGGAGAGGGAGGGCCCCGCUGCCGUCGCCGCCCGGCCGGUGCCCGACCAGAAGCCAGGGAGCCCUCAGUGACCACGGAUUCUCUGGACACCUCCACAGCCCUGUCCCCACUCAGCUGAGGCAGAGCCAGCACCAGCUUAGACACAAGGACGGAGCCCUUGGACUGCUGGGUUCCUUCCAGGGAGGUGGAGGAGAAAUCCAUCUGCUGGGGCCUGAGCGUGGCCUGGGGGCCAGGCCAUCGUUCCCGGAAUGCCCCUGCCCGAGCCCAGUGAGCAGGAGGGCGAGAGUGUGAAGGCCGGCCAGGAGCCCUCCCCUGAGUCCCCUGAGCCGGGCACAGAUGUCGUCCCCGCAGCCCCCACGAAGCCCAGGAAGUUCUCCAAACUGGUGCUGCUGACGGCCUCCAAGGACAGUGCCAAAGUGGCGGGGGCCAAGCGCAAAGGAGUGCACUGCAUCAUGUCCCUGGGGGUGCCCGGUCCCGCCACCCUUGCCAAAGCCCUCCUCAAGAUCCAUCCCGAGGCUCAGCGGGCCAUCGAGGCCGCCCCCCAGGAGCCUGAGCAAAAACGCAGCAAGCUGGACACAGACGGAAAAGAAGAUGGAAGGUUGGCAGGACAGCCUGCCCCCAGUCCCUUGGUGGAUGGGGAGGAGUCCACCAUGGGCCCCAUCGUGUCCAGGGAGGACCCGUAGCCCUGACAACCGAGGGUGCGAUCUGGCUGGGUCAGUGAACUUGGCUGCAACUUCUACACGUUCCACUGAGCUUCUGCCUGGGGCCCAGCCGCUGACUGAUUUUCACUUUCAACAUUGUAAUCUUUUUCUGAUCAAGCAUAAUUUACUUUUGUAAGCAGAAAAAAAAAAUUAAAAAGAGAAUAAAAGAAGCUGUACACUA